AUGUAUAAUACUAGUACGACAAAUGAAAACAGCAGCUCUUUUCAGCGUUCAUUAAAGGCAGUAACCUCAGGGCAUCAAAGCAAUGCAAUGAAUCUAAGUUCUCAUAGGGUAGCAUUAAGUGAUGUAACUUCACAGGUGAAUAAUAGACACAAUAGGAAUAGUUCAGUGUACAAACAGGACAUCGGGCUGCAUAGAAAGUCGGGAGUGGUGUCUCAUGUACACACGAGCAGUUUUGACAGUACGAAUAUAGUGGUGCAAAAUAGCAGUGAGUCUGAAGAAUUUUCUACAGAGGAUAGGGAACAUCAUUCUGGAGGGGAGGAGGAGUAUGGAGUGAUACAAGGAAGUGGGGAGUUUUACCUUAGUACGAGUGUUCGAAGUGCGGAUAAUGUAAUUAGUCUGAAUGAUGCGGAGGAAUAUGGUCUGACGCAGCCAAAAGUUAUAGGAGAUGAUUCUAUGGAUGAAGAACAGCAGUUGGAGUCUCUCUUGCCUACUACUAAUAGUGAAAUUGAGAUGUUUAUUGAAGAAGUUACUGAGCAAUUUCAUAGGGAGAUACCAGAUCCCUUAGACGAGGACACAUGGGAUGCGGUAAUGGUUGCCGAAUAUGCGCCAGAGAUUUUUCGGUAUUUACGUUCGUUGGAGGCAAAGUAUACUCCGCAUGCGAAGUACAUGAAUUUUCAACCCGAAUUGAAAUGGUCAUAUAGGUCAACGUUGAUCGACUGGAUCGUCCAGGUUCAUUGUAGAUUCCAGUUGCUACCCGAGACGUUAUAUUUGACGGUUAACAUUAUUGACCGAUUUCUCAGCAAAAAAACCAUCACUUUGAAUAGAUUCCAGCUAGUGGGUGCUGCCGCGUUGUUCAUUGCAUCGAAAUAUGAAGAGAUAAACUGUCCCACAUUAAAUGAAAUGCUGUACAUGCUGGAUAAUGCGUAUAGUGGAGAGGAAGUUUUAAAAGCAGAAAGGUACAUGAUCGACACCCUAGAGUUUGAGUUUAGCUGGCCAGGUCCCAUGUCAUUUUUGAGACGUGUGAGCAAAGCUGACAACUACGAGUACGACAUUAGAACACUAGCCAAAUACCUAUUAGAAACGUCUAUAAUGGACUCGCGUAUGGUAGCGGCGCCGCCAAGUUGGCUAGCUGCUGGUGCAUAUUACUUGAGUAGGAUAAUCAUUGGCCACAACACUUGGAACAAACAACAUAUUUUCUACUCUGGUUACACAUCCGAGCAACUUGUUCCUCUCGCUACCGCAAUUCUAGAAAACUGCAGACAUGCGGAUAGCCGUCAUCACGCUAUUUUUGAAAAGUAUUCCAAAAGUCGUCAUCGCAGAUCAGCCCAGGUUGUUGCACGAUGGAUUGCAAUGGCUGAAGAAAGUAUUCAUGAAACUUGA